CUUCCGCGCCCCCCACCCCACCCUAUAUAAACACACGACUGCGGCGCAGCGCACGGAUUUUCUAACCGCCUCUCGUCCCGCGUUCCAAGAUGAGGGUGGCAGUGUGCAUGCUGGCGGCGUUCGGCUGCGCGCUCGUGGUGGGCUCGCCGGCCAUCAGCGAGGUGGGCCAGCAGCGGCAGCAGCGGCCCGGCCGGUUCCUGUCGCUGCCCGUGCCCGCCAAGUGCUCGCAGAGACCAAAGCAAUUUUUCUUCAAUGGUCAUAAUUACUUCUUCAGCGGUAAUGUGCCUCAGUACCGCAACAGUCGUGUCGACUGGCUAGACGCUCGAAACAUAUGCAGAGAAUAUUGUAUGGAUUUGAUCUCCAUGGAAACUCAGGAAGAAAAUAAUUUGGCCUUCAGGCUGAUACAGCAAGGUGACGUACCCUACAUAUGGACAAGUGGACGCCUUUGUGACUUCAAAGGCUGUGAAAACCGCCGUGAUCUUGAGCCAAAGAACAUAUUUGGAUGGUUCUGGUCAGCAACACGCCAGAAGAUGGCUCCCACAAAUCAGAUUCCUCCCGGCUUCAGUUUCAACCCUUGGAGUCAAACUGGCCACAAGAAAUUCCGUCAACCUGACAAUGCAGAAUUCGACAUCAACGGCACUAACGAAUCAUGCCUUGCUAUCCUCAACAAUGUCUACAAUGAUGGCAUCGCUUGGCAUGAUGUUGCCUGCUAUCACGAAAAGCCUUUCAUCUGUGAAGACAGUGAGGAACUUCUCAAUUAUGUUGCUUCUACAAACAGAGGCAUUCGACUUUAACAUAAAUUCUUUGUUUUAAUUAUUUUUGUAUUUAUUGUAAAUUAGUGUAUGUGUACAAAUAAAACAAUACAAAAUUUCAAAAAACAUUA